AUGUCCCCAAUCUAUACACUCGCCGAGGGUUGCCCGCAGCCCAGCAACACCACCAGCACUCAAUUACGAAACGGUGGCGGCGGAGGUCUCGUUCUACUGCAAGACACGCAACUCGUUGAAACUCUGGCACAUUUCGCCCGAGAGCGAAUUCCUGAACGAGUGGUGCAUGCUAAAGCUGCCGGUGCCUAUGGCGAGUUCGAAGUCACACACGACUGCUCAGAUAUCACCUCGGCGAGCUUUCUCAAUGCUGUCGGCAAGAAGACCAAAUGUCUGCUCCGCAUUUCAACUGUCGGCCCAGAGCGAGGAUCUGCGGACACAAUACGCGACGUCCACGGUUGGGCUAUGAAGUUGUAUACGGAUGAAGGAAACCUUGACUGGGUGUUCAAUAACACUCCCGUGUUCUUUGUCCGGGAUCCUAUCAAGUUUCCUUCGUUGAAUCGAUCCCACAAGAGGCAUCCAAAGACAAACACAGCAGAUGCUGAUAUGUUUUGGGACUUCCAUGUCGGCAACCCAGAGGGUAUCCACGAGCUCAUGCAUCUGUUCAGUGACCGCGGAACACCCGCUUCGCUUCGAACAAUGAAUGCCUACAGCGGUCACACAUAUAAGUUCACAAAAGAGGACGGUUCGUUUCGAUACAUCAAGGUGCACAUCAAAAGCCAGCUCGGAGUCCGAAACAUGGAUCGCAAGACCGCAACGAAAAUCGCCGGCGAGAACCCAGACUACCUUGUUCAAGACCUCUUCGAAGCGAUCGAGAAGGGUGACUAUCCGAAGUGGGAUGUGUUCGUUCAAAUCAUGACUCCUGAACAAGCCGAGAACUAUACGUGGAACAUCUUCGACAUGACCAAGGUUUGGCCACAUGGCGACUUUCCCCUGCGACAGAUCGGACGCUUGACCCUGAAUCAAAAUCCGCGAAACUACUUCACCGAUAUUGAACAAGCCGCUUUCUCUCCCUCAACUAUGGUCCCUGGGUGGGCGCCAUCUGCUGAUCCAAUGCUACAAGCUCGCAUGUUCUCAUACCCCGACGCCGCUCGUUACCGGCUUGGAACAAACUACCAACAGCUUCCAACAAAUGCCGCCAAGUCUCCCGUCUACUGUCCCUUCCAGCGAGAUGGUUUCAUGAACUUUGGCAUCAACUACGGCGAUGAUCCUAAUUAUGUUGGCUCCAUGUUGAAGCCGGUAGGCUUCAAAACAAGCACCGCAGGCAGGACAGUCUCGUCCACGAUAACGGAGCACGAGAAAUGGGUAGGCGAGGUCACGAGUUAUACAAGUGCAGUCAGUUCGCAGGACUUUGAACAGGCUACGGCGCUGUGGGAAGUUCUUGGAAGAGAUCCGGGGCAUCAGGAGAGGUUUAUCGAUAAUGUCGCCGACAACGUAGCCGGUGUGAAAAAUGACAACUUAAGACAUGUAGUCUAUGAUCUUUUUGCCGGCGUAGAUAAGCACCUUGGUGCUCGAAUCCGCGAUGCAACCGAGUCUAAGAGAUCGUAA